GCCGUAUAUUUCCCCAACAAAUAAGUUAAUGGGUCUUUUAUUCUUUGCGCAUGUCCGAUACGGGAACAUGCGCAGUAAUGACUGGGAAUUCUACGUUACACACAGUUGCUAUGGUGAUAAGGUGUAAACAUCAUCCCUCGGUGGUUACCAGCGUAGUUUAUUUACUCAUUGAUAUAACUGUGUUUUAGUUCAAACCAAAAUGUCAGAAUUAUCUGCAAUGAACAGGAAGAAAAUACAAAGUCUCGCGGACAAAUUGUCUAAACACGUGAACCACUUCAGCAAAACAGAGAUUGAGUGCCUUAUAUGCGACUUUAACGUACUCCUGAGGGAACAGAUUAACCCCGGAAAAGCAAACGGCCUGGACAGACAGAAUUUCAGAAGCAUACUUUACAACAAGUUUGGCAUGAGCGACGCUAUUAUCAUGGACGCAGUCUUCAGGACUUUUGACACUGACGUGGACAGCUUCAUCAGUGUUAAAGAAUGGAUUGAGGGCCUGUCUGUUUUUCUUCGGGGGACACUGGAUGAAAAAAUCAAAUUCUGUUUUCAGGUGUAUGAUUCAAAUGGUGACAACUACAUCACCAAAGAGGAGAUGUUCCACAUGCUUAGGAACAGCCUCAUCCAACUGCCCAAUGAUGAAGACCCUGAGGAAGGGGUCAAAGACAUGGUGGAGAUCACACUGAAGAGGAUGGAUUAUGACCAUGAUGGAAAGGUGUCUUUAGCUGACUUUGACAAGGCAGUAAGAGAGGAGAACCUGCUUCUGGAGGCAUUUGGAACCUGCCUCCCUGAUAGAAAGAGUAUUCGUGGAUUUGAGCAGCAGGUAUUUCAACAUCAACUGGAAAAAUAGAGCUGUCAGAACCACAAGAAUUUCCAGCUCAUUUUAAUAGUUACACAUAUAUGUAAU